AUAAUUUAUUUAAACUAAAGUAGAAAUGGAUGAACAACUUAUAAGUCCAGAAAAGUUUCUAACAGCAGCGAUAAAAUUUAUGACAAUAUCAGACAAAAUAAAAGACAAAUGGAAACUCCACGAAAAUAUAGAGAUUCAUAAAAGUUACUUGAAAAAGGAAACAUUUAUACAAAACAAUAACAGAAAUCUUCCGCUUCUUAAAGCCGAGUUUGUAAUAUUUUACAAUUUAAGCUAUGGUGUACCAUCAUUUAGUUUUAAUAUUUGGGAUCCAUCAGGAUCUUUUUUAUCUUUAGAAGAUAUUAGGCAAUUGUCUUUUAUUGAAAUAAGAAAGCAAGACUUCUACUCGGUAGUCACUCAGCAAGAGCAUCCUGUAUUAAACAAGCCCUAUUUUAUUAUGCACCCCUGUCAUACACAGACACUGUUGGCCAAUUUAAAGGAAUCCAAGAACAUAAUUGUAACAUUUCUUGGACUUAUAAUGCCAUUAUUGAAUAUAGAUUUGCCAUUGGAGUAUGGGCUAUGAAAUGGAUUUAAUGAUAGACUAAAAAGAGGUGAGUAUGACAGGAUUUUGAAAUAUCUUAAAAAAUGAUUUUUCUGAUUACCUCAUAAUAAUGUAAUAAAUAGUUGUAAAGAAUGCUUGGUAAAUAGUUUUAUAGAUUUCGUAAGUACAUAUAAUAUGCACCCAAUUUGAAUAUCAAGUUAGUUUUAAGUUGAAAAAGUCUUAUGAUGUGAAGAAGGCUUUACUAGCAAAACAUCAGAAAAUAUAAAUACUGUAUCAGUCAAUAAAUUUUUAAUUCAAGUGCCUUAAUCUUCCCAACUCCCUAUUUUUAACUUCGUAGCAGCAAACUGAUUUUCUGUGACGCUAUGUGAUCAAUAUAAACUGCGCCAAACCUUGAUUUUUUUUUGUUAUUUCGUUAUAAUUCCAUUUAUGAAUAUGGAGUUUUUUUUAACUAUUUCUGCAGGCUCAUUAUAUAUUGUGUCAAAUAAUUCUCGUUCACCUGAUCAAUGCAUGUGUGAAAUAAUAAUCUUUUUUCAUAAAGCUCAGCCGUGUGAUAAGCAAAAAAAAGUAAGGUCUAGGCUAAUCUAAACGCGAGGUGCGACGUUUUUAUUGAUAUCAUAUUAUUGUAUUGAUAAGAUAGUUUAUGUUCAGUCAGUCAUCCAUUGUCGUAUUUACAGGUUACAUUAUCUGUGUUUUUUUUUUUUUAAAUAUGUAAAGUGUUGUGCUUUAUAAUGAAGGAUUGUGUAUCUGUGAGAAAUUUUUUCAAUCGUCUGUGGGAAUGCUUGUUAUCAUGCUUUCAAGUACUGUUUUUCUUUUGGCGCGUAAGUGGUACCAAAUAUUUUUUAUAUUUUUUUGGGUAGGAACGACGCUAAGAAGUCUUUAGACGUUAUUAUUAGUUUUGUAUUAAAUAAUUUGUAUGAAUACUUUCUAUUCUUUAUUUCACAUACCCACCUAAAGUCGAGUCAAAUUAUUUGAAUCCAAAUGUUUUGAGUUUUCAACAAAACUGGUUUGUUAAUGAACUUCUACUUCUAAUUGAUAUCAAUUCAUAUGUGUCUGUAAUAAGGAUCAUUUUGGCUUCUUUCCAACUUGAAUAAAAUCGAUAACAGGUAGUUUUUAUUUUUAUGUCACCCAAGAUAAAAUUUAAUUUAUGUUCCGUUAAUCUCUUUUGGUAGCAAUUAAUACCUUUAAUAGGUUCAGUAUUGUAUUGUUAUAUUUAAUAGGUUUAUUUAGAACACUAAUUUACAAUGGAUUUUAACAUCAGAAGAU